CCUCCUCUCCUCUAGUCCAUAACAAACAAGUGGUGUGCGAUAAGGGGACGGGAACACGCUAGGUGGGUUGUACCUUCCAACCUUCAACGUGACACUGUUUUGUCCGAGGCUGUCACGAACACAUCUCAUUCCUCGAGCUGGUGCGCACUUUGCAUGCAACAACAAGAUCGGGAAUUUUGACAACUUGUUGACGCUAAUGGGACAUGGCGAUGGACGCGGCAUCGACAUCUACUGAGAUUGCAAGCAGGGGGGGCAUCGAGGACCUGACGUUGAAGGUGGGCCCGGUGCGGAGGAACCUCUUCGGCCCCGUGGACCACCAGCAGCUGCGUCAGGACUUCCAGCGUCUCCUCCACAUGAGCGUGGAGGCGGCUAACAAGCGUUGGAACUACGAUUUCCGCAGCGACGCUCCAGGUUCGGGCUCCAACGUGCAGUGGGAGGAGCUCAAGUGCCAGGAUGUGCCGGGAUUUUACCGCAGCUGCACGAUGAGGCCGGCGGUGCGGUUCCACGUGGCGAAGCCUCCAAGGCGGUUCUCGAUGUCGUCGGGCGAGGAGUCCCCUGUGUCCAGCAGCUCUUCUGGAUCUGGGGACGAGUGUCUGGAGGUGACCCCUAGGGGGUACUACAGGCUGCAAAAACGCAAACAGUCCGCCAUUACAGAUUUCUUCAAGGUGAAGAAGAGGAGGCUUCUACAUUACAAGGCAAUGUCUCGCCAGUAGGAGCACCUUAUAUCCUCUGUACAUAUGUAGCAUCUUAGCACAAGGAAGCUACCCGCUUCCUUUUUAAUCUAAACAUACGGUUCUAAAUAUGAUAUAUAUAUAUAUAUAUAUAUUCUAUAUACAGUUUUCCUCAGCUUUUUUUUGCUAUACUGUGAAAUUCUAUUAUGUGCACUCUUGACAGUCCAGGGCUGUGGAUAGUAUUUGUCAAGGUGAUGACCUCAAAUGGUCACCCUUUGGUUAUGCUAAAAAGUCAGAAGAGGUGACUAUUCUUGGCCUGGCGCCACACAUAAGUCUCCCCCCCCGUCCCGCUAAGAGCCAUGGGUCAGCGCCUCACCCGGGGUCCAAAAUUGGCAGCGUGCUAGUGAUUAGCUUUAGGUUAAAGGUCGACGGUGGAGGCUCAGCGAUGGCUGCACGUCAGUUAAAAAAAAAAAAAAAAUGUUUUCCAUUUAUUUAGUGCCACCUAAAAAAAUACUAAUAAGUGAAUUAAACAUGAAUUGAAAAUAUUUAAUAUUUUAAUUUAUUUUCUGUCCCACCAGUGGUACUCAUACCACAGCCCACGAAUCGAUGUGUUAGACUCCAAGUCAUUAUGGACACUCCACCAUUGCCAUUCAGAAACAUUACACAACUAUACUUUAUGUAUUAUUCGCAUGAAGGCUUUUUUUAACAUCGUUUCUAUGGAUUUGGGUAGCGGAGCAGACAUAUUUUGGUGUUUUUUUUCCCUUCCAGCUUUAUGCUUGUAAUAAUGUAGCAUUUUUCUGUCCCUAAGUGACACGCAGCCCCCACAGGUCACAGGAAGGGAAUGUUGUCGCUGAAGUGUUGCAGGCGCAUUAUCGCCCGCUUGGAAAAGUUGCAACUGAGGCAGUCGCACCAUAGAGGAGACAAAAGUAUUGGGACACCCCGGGGUUUUCCAAUACUUUUGUCCAUGUGGUGUAUGGUCAGUUAUACUGGAGGGACCUACGGGGCAAAAAAAUUAAAACUACAUGAUUCAGAUUAUUUUGUGUUAUAAAAGCUAUAAUCUGGAUGAAUACAUUGCUUCUACCUCAUCAAUUCAGUAAAAUACACAAAAUAUUAUAAAAAAAUUUUAUUUAAAGUAUUGUAGCUCAGGUUGUUUGCAUUUAAAAUGAGUACAGAGAGACUGGGGGAGUAAAGAAAGAGGUUGUUCCGGUGUAAGAGUCAGCGAGGGACCCCGUUUCAUUCUGAGGGGCCCCUCACUGCUUUUGUUGAAAUCACACACUCCGCCUUGGAGUCGCUUUGACUCCAGGGAAGUGGGGGAAGGGGGACGCAAUCUUGUGUCUAAUAUAAAAACUUCAUGGGAAAACACCUCAAACAGCAUGCUUUUUUUUAAAGUUAUUAUCCACCCACCCUUUUUUUUGCCCCCCCAACCAGUCUCUCUUUCACAAGCCCACCGACUCAGUCACUGCAAGAAUCGGCUUGAAACUCAUCAUUUUUAUCACGGUUCUAAAAGGGUAUAUUUCAGCAAACAAUUAUUCUUUUUCAAUGUUUUGUCUACUUAUUUGUGUGUUUGUGUGUGAGAGAGACAAAACAUUUCUGUUAAAAACAAAAAAAAAAUCUAUAUUAACUUAUUUGGAUUUGUUUAUAUGGUUUGUUUGUUGGGAAGUAAUUCUAAAAUCCCUUUUUGCUAUUACUAAUAGUCUGAGACUUCUAUCUUUGCACUACUUCAAUGUUGUUGACAAGAGGACUAUUUUUGUACGGUAAUCUUUAAAAAAGUAAAAAUAUACACAUCUGAGACAUGGAACAAGUCAUGACUUUCAUGCCAGCUUUGCUCUUCUAUUCCAUCUGUCGCAGCUAUAUCAGUGUCUUUUUUGUAUUAUGCAUGAAUGUAUGAUAUGAAUCCUUGUAUACAGUUUGUAAUAAUUCUAUAGUAAUUUAAUACUGGUUUGUGUAUCCUUGCAACAAGUGUAUGGAAACAGAAUCAUGUGUGUAUAAGAAAUGAUGAAGAGAUUUCAUUAAGUGUGCUCACAAUAAAAUGUUAUUGAUGAUAUAAAUCA